GGCGCAGCCUGAAGCGGAGAGUCACAUGACCGCUCUGUCCCGUGAUGUGACCGGUAUCAGGCCGGAGACGUGCAGGCAGACAGUAUAACGCAGUGAUAGGAGGACAGGCAGCUGCAUGCUAUGAUGCCGCGCUCCGUGUCCGCUCUGCUGCUGCUCCUGCCCACUCUCUGUCUCCUCUCGCCCGCUCUGUGCCGGGGGUACCGGCUGUUCCAGGAAGCGGAGGAAGAUGUGCUGCUAUCUCUGUCCGAUACUGAGCAGUCUCCCUAUGGUUCCCUGUGGCCGCUGCCCCAGCAUCUGCAGCUGUACCCCGAUGUCCUGUACAUCCCGCCUGGAGAGUUCAGCAUCGUCCACGGUCCGGGCUCCACAGCGGGGCCGUCGUGCGUGGUCCUGCAGCACGCCUUCCAGAGAUACUACGACUAUAUAUUUGGAUACUCUCCAAAGAAAAAGGCUCCCAAUAGUGAAACGUUUUCUGGAGGGCGUCUGGUCCAGCUGCAGGUUAUCCUCACUUCUGAAGACAAUGAAUGCGGCGUGUUUCCCAGCAUCAAAUCAGACGAGUCGUACAAACUGACAGUUGAUGAAGAUGUAGCUGUUCUACAAGCCAGUCAAGUGUGGGGCGCUUUGAGAGGUCUUGAAACUUUCAGCCAACUGAUCUAUGAGGAUAGCAUUGUGGAAUUCGCUAUAAACAAAUCUCAGAUUUUGGACGCUCCGAGGUUUGCACACAGAGGAGUCCUGCUGGACACAUCCAGGCAUUAUCUACCUUUAAAGACUAUUUUCCUAACCUUGGAUGCAAUGGCUUUUAACAAGAUGAAUGUGUUUCACUGGCAUAUAGUUGAUGAUCAGUCUUUCCCCUACCAGAGCAUACUCUUUCCUGAGUUAAGUAAUAAGGGAGCUUACAACCCAUAUACACAUGUGUACAGUCCGGUCGAUGUCCGUUUGGUGAUUGAAUAUGCUCGACUGAGAGGUAUAAGAGUCAUACCGGAGUUUGAUACACCAGGACAUGUAGAUUCCUGGGGAAAAGGUCAAAAAAAUCUCUUGACACCCUGCUACAAAAAUGGAGAGCCUAGUGGUUCUUACGGUCCCGUCAAUCCCAUUCUGAAUGAUACUUACGACUUCAUGUACAAAUUCUUUACCGAAAUUAGCAAAGUGUUUCCUGACCAAUAUGUCCAUUUAGGAGGGGAUGAGGUGGACUUCACCUGUUGGAAAACCAAUCCGGAUAUUACCAAGUUCAUGAAUGAGCACGGCUUUGGUACAGAUUACCGCAAGCUAGAAUCUUACUACGUUCAAGAAAUAUUGGGCGUAGUGUCGUCGUUCCAUAAGGGAUAUAUGGUGUGGCAGGAGGUAUUUGAUAACCAUGACCAGUUGAAGCCAGACACCGUUGUUGAAGUUUGGAAGGAAAAAAAUUAUCAACAGGAGAUGGCGGCUGUUACAGCUGCUGGGUUUCAGACCCUUCUUUCUGCUCCGUGGUACCUGAACCGCAUUACCACUGGUCAGGACUGGAUCCAGAUCUACGGCAUUGAGCCAACAAAUUUUAAUGGGACUGAGCAGCAGAAGCAGCUUGUGAUUGGCGGUGAAGCUUGUCUGUGGGGCGAAUUUGUGGAUGCUACAAAUCUCACUCCAAGACUCUGGCCCAGAGCAUGUGCAGUUGCAGAAAGACUUUGGAGUGACAAAGAUGUGACCUCCGUGGGAGAUGCUUAUAGUCGGCUGAUCAAGCAUCGCUGUCGUAUGGUCAGGCGCGGAAUUGCAGCAGAGCCCCUGUAUGUGGGACACUGUGACCAUGAGCUUAAUGUCUAGGUCCAGUCGGCAAUCGUCUUGUGAAUUGAGAAGGAAAAAGAUGCCAAAAAUUGCACUAAGCGUCGUGACUUAUGACUGUAUUCUGUACAGUUGAAAUCCAGGAUUUAUUACUGUUUGAAAAGCAGCAGAUUGAAGUGUAAAUAUCAUGAUGACCAUUUGAUGAAAUAAAUUCUUUAUAAAAUA